ACGGUUCUCUUCUUCCCUGCCUACAAGGCACGAGGCACGCGAUGCGCGAUAGGACAGGGGGGACAGCACCACCUGCCCUGGACGAGGAUGAAAGCGUCGAGCCUGGCUCCGUUAGUAGUUUGUAGAACUCGCUCGGUUCGUGGUUUGUAGGCCUGCUAUAAGACUAAUAUCUGAUGUGGGAGUCCCUCUCUGGUGAGGAACAUUCGGGUCUGUGGUGGGUCUCCAGCGUGGGACAUAGCUGGUCUUCGUCAAGCUUGAGGUCACUUGGCGGAGGGGUUUCGGCCAGGCCCAUGAUGCCGCGGUGGUCGGUCGAUGGAGUUUUGACCUUCCCCUUUUUGCCCCUUCUCCUUUGUACUUUCUUAUGUACUUUCUUUUCGCCUUCCAUUCUACUAUUUUUCCUGUCAGGCUUUUCUUCUCUCUUCUUUUUCUUCUUUUUUCUAUCUCUUCCGUUAUCCUGCCAUCCUUCUAACUUGCUAUCCCACCCACUUGCCGGGCCUUUUCCCUCUCUCCUCUCUUCUCUCUACUAAUCAUCAUUCCAGUAUAUCAGCUCUCAUCCAACAAACCAACCAGCCAUGCCUUUGAUGCAUACUUGUCCAACUCCAUCUUCCUCCCACUUUUCUAUCCUAUCCAACUGUCAAGCCUUUUCCAGUUUUACCAUUUAUCCAUCUAUCCAUCUGCCA